GCACUUAUCCAGUCCGCGAACGAGGGCAUAAAUCUAUGCAUAAAUACAGUACGGGUAUGAUCACCAUACCACGGACGCCGGCGCCCCUCGAGCUCGUUGCAUAACUUAGGCCAACACCUUCGAUCAUUCCAAUCUUAUACAUACCACCUGACCACCACACCGCACCUCAUCUCAUCUCAACUCCAACCACUCAUCCAUCCUCACCUCACGCAGCCCCAGAAAGAAGGGCGAAAAUGUCCUCCCGUCCACUCCCAUCUUCAUUUGACAGCGAUUCGUAAGCCACUCCACCCACCCCACCAUCCCCCACUGCUACCCACACUACAAUACCUAACUCCACAACCACCGCCCAAAAGCGACUUCCACGAGGAAUCCCGCUUCUCAAAGUUCGCUCGCCGCCUAAAAGAAGAGCCCCUGAUCCCCAUAGGUCCCUCCCUUCCUCCCAUACACCCCCCUCCCCCCACCUCCCAACCCCACCCAAGUCUCAUACAUAAACACGGCAGGCUGCCUGAUAACUAUCUAUGCUCUCUACCAAUCCUCACGCGCCAUCCGAGCAGGCGACAAGGCGCGCACGAACCGGAUGUUCCGCGCGCGCAUAUACGGCCAAGCCUUCACCGUAGCCGCCAUGUGCGCCGGUAGCUUCUACUGGGCGCGGGAUCGCGAGGAGCGGAAGGGUGUUGAGGCCAAAGUGGUUGAAGCGAAGGCGAGGGAGAAGCAGGCGGCGUGGAUUCGCGAGUUGGAGAUUAGGGAGAGCGAGGAGAGGGAGGUGAGUUCUUUUCCAAUAUCAUGCUAGAUGGUUUUGGGGGGAGAUGGGGGAUGAUUGGGGCUAAUGGCGACGGGGAGGGAGGCAGUUGCGGGAGAGGGCGAAAAGGUAUACUGCGCUCAAGGAGGCUGCAGCCGCCCAGGAUGCUAAGGCAAGGGCGGAGGAGGGGAAGUAAGCUUUGUCGUGCAGGUAUGCCGGGGGUGAGAGGUUGGGGUGGUGUGGUAUCGUACAUAUUUCGGUUUGAAGGUUGCAAUUGACCUGAGUGAUCAAGCUGUACAGUACAGUAGGAUCAAGCUCUACCUGC